UGUCUGGAAUUUCUGAAGAGAAAACGGACCCAGAACUUAAUUUGGCGGGAAAACUGCCCCUUCUCCAUGAUUGGACACUAUUCCGGUCACGUGCCUUGAUUUCAUUGGUCAGGCUUGGGCAAUAGGCGAGUUGACAGGCAAAGAAAAAUUCAAGAAACAAGGUAAACAGUUUCUUAAAGGAGGCGGCCCUUGCGUCGAUCUUAUUGGCUAGAACUCCGUGAGGAGCCUGCCCAUUGGACUAGCUCAGUUCAGGGCAAGGAAUUGAGAACAUGGGCGGGGUAAUGAGAUGCGCAUCUGAACAGGCCAAGUGCAGCGGAGCGAUUUGAUUGGUUAGAACUCUGCAACGUAAUAAGAGGAGGGCUGGUCAAGGGAAGAGAAACAAAGAGAUUUGAUUGGUUGGAACUGGAGAGAGGCGAAGAACGUGUCUCCAAGCUUGGAGAGAAGUUUUCUCACGUGGCUUCGCUUGCAGUGAUUGGUCGAGAUAGUUAAAAGAGGGAGAUGUUUUCAUUGGUCAGAACGUCAGAAAACGGCAGGGAUUGGUCGCAGGUGUUUCGUUUGUUGACAAGGCUGUUGCCUGUGUCUCUCACUUGGGUCCUAGCCAGUGGUUAGACUGUCCGUUUUUAUUUCUAAUUUUUAGCACAUUCGCCUUUUAGAAUCAUUGGCUUUUAUUAACAGUAGCAGCCAGUGGUUCUGAGUCCAAGUAACCCCCUGUUUAAUUAUUUUAUUUGCAGCCCAAUUAAUUUACUAGGUCUUCAUUUAGUGCUAGGAAUCUUAAUAAUUCCUAGCACUAGGAAUUAUUUAAUAAUUGCCACUAUUUCUUAGUUCUUACUGCUAUUUCUUAAAAUAAGAAUUCAACCUUAUCUUAGCCAGACAAAACCAAAAAAACCCAAGCCUUUCUUCCCACCUGAUCCCCCCCAACCAAUAUGUACGGUGGUUACUUUUAAAACAAUCCAUGCCCAAUUACUAUAAAUAUUAAUCACAUCUCAUUCUGUAAUUAGCCACUCAGAAAUAUUUUUUGACUACCUUGUUUAUUAAAAGCACACAGGGUUGCUAAACCCUCUUUAAUUUCUGAGUUCUCUUUUAUCACCCUAGUUUUAACUGUUCUGAUUACCAUAAUUAGACAUGUUUAAUAGUGGUCAAUGAAUUAUUGCUUCAAUAUUUAAUGGUCUGGGAGGUGACCUUUGUUAUUUGCUUAUUAAUUUCUCCAGUUCCGGUUAAUCAUUAUCUGCUAGUAUUCCUAGCUAAUACUCUUUAUUUGCUUCCCAUUAAAAAUAUUCUCAACUGUGUGAUCAGUUGGGAAUUUAACUAUCCUCCCCCCACCCCCACACCAUACAUUUUAUACAUUUGGUAUGAACUUACUAAUCGAUUUCUAGAGAAUUUUGAGAUUACACCUCACAACUCACCAUUUGAACGAAUAUUGCUGCUAAAUGGCACAUCCUCUAAUAGAUUAAAAUCUUUUUGUCUGCAUAUUCUCUUCUUCAUCUUUCUCUUGUCAUCAAACUCACCAUCAUUAAACUCACCAGCAAACACAGCUCUCAUUCCUGGCAGUUCGCUGCUUACCAUCUCAUCUCCCUUAAUUAAUCAAAUUUGGGAAUCAAACUGGCACGGCUGUUGGCUUUGUGAUAAAAUUGUCCCAAAUUAGUUUUAGGAAAGAACAGGCCCCAUCAUAAUCUUUUGCCUCCAGCGGUGAGUCACUGAAUUUGUGAGGUCUGAAGGAUCAACUGAUUUCUCAACGUUUUGCCGCUCACUUGGGCCAUUAAUAAAUUGGGAAAGGGGUUCCUUUUGAGAUAAAACCGGGCGAUAAUUUGCAGAGGAAAAGCACUUCCCUCCCAAGAGAUCAGGAGCGCCUAGAAGUCUCAGAACCUCAAUACUAGAAAAGGGAAACACUCCAUUCUGAAAUGUUCUAUUACCCAAACGUGUUGCAACGUCAUACGGGAUGUUUUGCUACGAUCUGGUUGGCAGCAACUGGGGCAGCCAAACUCUUGAAGCGGGAGUACCUGAAAGUCAAUGUCCCGAGAACCUGCGAGGAGAUCAUGGCCUUCAUCCUCGUCCAGGUCCCGCCUCCCGUGCCUGGGGCUCCCAAACCUCGCUUCUCGCUCUACCUCUCCGCUCAGCUGCAGUUUGGGGUCGUCCGCGUUUACACCCGUCAGUGCCAGUACCUUGUGGAGGAAAUCCAGCACAUCUUGGAAACACCUCAACCGGGCCCGACAGCAGAUCCGCAUUGACCUGACAGACCUGGAGCAGCCAGGGUUGCUGCUCCCCAACCAGCUGGCCAUCAUGGAAAUCCUAGAGGAAGCUCCCGAUCCAUUUUUCGGGAUGAUGGAGCCGGUCCUCCCCAGCCCUAUGUCCAUUCCUUAUGUCCGAUCCAUUCUGGAAACAGCCACACCUGAAAGAAGCCCCCUGCAGCGCCUUCCUCCAUCUCCCUGGGACCAGAGGCCAGGAGAGCGGCCCAUCACAGUCUCCCCGGACACCAUCACUCUCAAAGAGGCAGAACCCAUUACCUUGCUGCAGAUUGAAGGCGAGCGAGACCUGCCUGAAAUCACAGUCCAGGAAAUCGACAUGCUGAUGGAUCAAGGGGAGUUUCUGGUGUCCGGGGAAGAGAAGCCUCGCCGGGUUUCCUCCAGAAAGAGGCGAGCAGAAGAAGAGUCUGCCGAGGGAGUCAGAGAACAAGAGCUGUUGGUCUCCGCUGGGCUGUCGCCUCCCACAAGAGUCGGGGAGGAGCCGCCUGCUGCGAGGGAAGCAGGAGAAUCUCUGUUGACGGACAAGAUCCAGCUCCCAGGAGAACCCCCUCUGCUGCCUUCGGAGGCGACCCCCCUCCAAGAGGGAGCCAGGCUGCUCCCUUCUCCCCAACGGACCCCUCUCCGCCCCCAGCUGAAGCAACACUCCCCUCCGAGCCCCAAGCUCCAGCUGGCCGCGUACGAGCCGUCCUUCCUGAAGCCCGGCAGGCGGCGGAGGCAGCUGCGCUUCCUGGAUCCAGUGACCCAGAUUUCCCGGGAAGAUUUCCAGAAGCAGAUCUUGGAUCCGCAGGGACAGUGCCAGCCCCUGGAGACUCUGCUGCUGCCUCCGAAGAGGUUGAAGACUGCGGAGGAGCUCUUGGGAGCCCCAACUUACGGAUGGAUGCACCCCACCCUCCAGGGCCUCUGGGCCCGCUGCGCCAACCGCCAGCGCGUGGACUACGCCAGGAAGCAAGCAGCAGAGGAAACACGGAGGAGGAGGGAGGAGGAGGAAGAAGUGCAGAAGGCCGAGGUUCCCAGUGAGCUGGAGGAGCUUCGAGCAGCUGAGGAGCCAAGCAUCCCUCCUGUCGGCUCAUCAGAGAUUUCCCUCGAGACGACUGAAGAAGAAUCUCGGCCGAGUUUUGUGGUAGCAGAAGAGAGGGUCCUCCUGGAACCAGAGGAAGCACCGCUGCCCAUCGUUCCUGAGCUCCCGGAAAUAAGUUUUGAGCUGCCCUUGGAUAAGAACGUGAUCACGGUGGACUACGUGCGAAGGUUGAUCGCUGCCAAACUAGAACAGGCCGGAGUCACAGAAUUUGACCAGCUCUUACCCCGGGCAGCUUCACGGGGUGUCGCCAGCCGGUUUUUCUUCACAUGUUUGGUGCUGGCUGCAGCCCAGUUUGUACACCUGGAGCAAGCAGAGCCGUACGGACGGAUUGUCAUUACACCUGGAGCCCGUUUCCACCAAGGCUAGCGAGACCCUGUCGUUCCUGCUACGGAUCUUGCCCUGUGGAGGGUGCUGUUGGUGUCCCAACGUGGGGGAACACACCUCUAGAAGUUGGAGAACUGCAUCCUUUGUCAAACAGUUGUACAGUUUUUUUAACGCCCCGGUUGCCAAAACCCUCGUUUUCCAAUUGAAUAAAGCCAUUGU